AUGGGUGGCACAAGAAAGUCACCCACCAAGCUGGGCCAGUCCCCCGCGGUGAAGUCCCAUCACGCCCGCGUCAACUCCGCCUCCAGUGCCGCUUUCGCCGGUCCCUCGACCCCCUCUAGACCUUCUGCUGGCGGCGGCGGCGCAAAGAAGGACGAGGGCACACCAGCAAAGGAGUGGAACUUCACCUACCUUCCCCCGAGUCACGAAGAGCGCAAGAAGAACGGUCGCGUCGAAGGUAGAAACUUGAUUACCUGGAGCCGCCCCCGCAUGGCCGAGAAACUCCUCCUUCACAUCCAAUACGAAUGCAGCCGCUACCGCGUCGACAUCCCCUGGGACUCCAUCGCCCAUCGCCUGCACCCGGGCUCAACGGGAAGCGCCAUCCACCAGCACCUCAACCGACUGCGCAGCCACCUGAUUGCCGAGGGCCACUUGGUCCCGCCCAUCUGCCAGAAACCGGGUUCCCGCGUCUUCGUCGACCCGCACGUCCGCGGCUACGUCCGCGCCAACCAGGAGAACCCGGAUGAUCAGCUCACGACUAGGGCUGUCCGGUUUGAUGAGCCAAUGGAGGAUAGGAAGUUUAACUUGCCGGAUGCUGUGGAGAACUUUGGAAGAGGUGGUGGUGGUGGAGGAGGAGGAGGAGGCAGCAGUGCUGGUACGCCUCGUGGCAGCGGCACUGGCACCCCUCGUGGUGCCCGUGGUGGUAUCUUGGCGGGUGUUGGUCCCAUUGGUGAUGGCAGCUCUGGCGGUAGUGGUGGUGGUGGGCGCAUGAGAGCUAGCCGUGGCAGCGCUCGGGGUGUCGUCAAGAUCAAACGCGAGCCUUCGCCUGACCCGGCUGAUCUUGAUUCUGAUGAGGAGUACCGCCCGGGUACUAAGAAGGCUCCCAAGUCGGCCAGUCGUCGGUCGGCUAGGGCUAAGAAGCAGGUCACUGCUCGCUCUACCUAUGCUGACGAAGAUGAUGAUGACAUGGAGGGUUACGGCGCGCCUCAUCAGUCUGUCGAGUAUCAACAGGGCGAAGCUGAUGUUGCUGAUGAUGAGGGCGAAGCUGAGGAUUACGGUGCUGAGGCCGAUGAGUAUUAUUUGCGUUAUGACUCGGAGAAUGAUGGCCAAGCUGCCGGUGCUGGUGGUGGUGCCGGUAACGGUAACCGUAACGGUAAUGGUAGUGUCCCUUCGUAUGUUCCUCAGUUUGAGGAUGAGGGCGAAGAUGCUGAUUUCGAGGACCUCGAUUCUCCCCCCAAGCCCGCUCCAGCGCGCACGACGAACCACAACGGCUAUACCAGCAACGAAUAUCGCCUCCCUCCCAUCACCAACCUCAUGCGCGACGCGGAUGCCGCCGGCGAUGACUACAACGAGCCAGUCUACAGCGAUCCUCGCUCUCCUCUGGGUCUGAGCGGCGCUUCUGACGUGCUGGGUAAGGCUCCCUUGAUGCGGCCCGACUUUUACAACUUCGCCAGUGCCUUGCAUUCGGGAAAUGGGAAUUAUCAUUCUCAGUCCACACAGGACAGCAGCAGCCACGGCGGUCAUGGUCAGGAAAGCCAGUACUCCCAUGCCUUGAGCCAACAGGGUCAGUUCCAGGACCCUUUCUUGGGCCAGAACCGCGCGUCCAGCAAAGGCGGCCACAUGUUUGACUUUCAGUCUGAGCCGGACGAUGAUGAUGAUGAGCGUGAGCAGUCACCUUCCAAGAGGGCGAAGCAUGCUUGA